CGUUGACGUCACGGGUUCUACACCACGUGAGGUUGCACAGGGGAGCCUGAGGAUGCCUUAGAUGUCCAUUUCCGGCAGCAUUGAAAGGGUUUGACCCGGGAAAGAGCUUGACGCUGUUGUACCAGACAAAACCAGCCCACUAGAGCUGUCUCCCUCUGACCCACGGUAAUGCCGACCUCCGAUCUUUUCCCCGCCUGCCCCGCGUUGUUUUCUGCCGGGAAACCGAGCAGUCGCAAUUUGAACAGUCAACCAACAACCCCUUUGCAAUUGACCAACUGGCACAAUGUCGGCCCAGGAUUCAGGAAAGAAACGCUUCGAGCCCAAGGUGCCGGUUCAGCUUGACCCCCCCAAGUACGACCCGAUCACCAUGGAAGAGUUGUCUAAAUGCGAUGGCACGGACCCCAAUCGUCCGACUCUGGUCGCUAUCAAGGGAAUCGUCUUUGACGUGAGCAAGAACGCCGCCUAUAGCCCUAGUGGGCAGUAUCGCGUAUUUGCAGGAAAAGACCCUUCUCGAGCCCUGGCCUGUUCGUCCCUCAAGCCCGAGAACUGCGUUCCCGAAUGGUAUGACCUCGAGGACAAGGAGAAGACGGUGCUAGAAGAAUGGUUUACCUUCUUUAGCAAGAGAUAUAACAUUGUGGGAAAGGUCCAGGAUGCUACGAAUUACUGAAGUGAUGGACGGAAAUUUGAAUGAUGUUUGCUUUGCUUUGGAAGAGCGAUUCUGCUGCACUUUGGAAGAAGGCUCUAUACCCGCGACGGAUGGAAAUCAUUACAGAUGCAUUUGAGGGUUCUUGUGCUUUUGGAUAAACUCGAAUUUAACCAUGCCGGUUACUGAUUUUAAUUACAAGA